AAUACAUGAAAGUUUUCUUCUAAAAUACACUUAUUUAAUUGUCACAUUGAUUAAUUGUUGACAUAACCUUUGGCUAUGAAGUUUUAGAAGCUUUUUUGCAACGGUUUAAAUCACAAGCAAAACGAAAUCAGAUAAACACAUUGCACCAUUGAUUUUCCAAUUUAGUCAACGGAUUGGCUUAUAAUAUCUAAGUAACGAUUAAUAAAACACCAUGGAUCCAAAUACCAGUGCUUUUAUAAUAUACAAACAUUGUGAUUGUAAUAAAGUUUUACAUAUGCAGAUACAAUGACAUAAUUUUCCAACCACUAUGUUAAAGGGACGUUCAACCACGAAUGACGAAAAAAGAAAAGUUCUAAAAUACCGUGUUUGUUUACAAUUAUUAGUUUAUAUUGAUAAAAAUAUCACGACUGGUAUAUUGCAUUACUUGAAAAAAGGUUGUUGAGUUUUCAUAUGUUCAGUAUAUUCGGUAAUAAAUUUUACUGGGUACAGGUACCAGGUAAGUACCAGUUAACUUUAAAUAACGCAAGUAGAUUGAUCAUCAUCGUCACGUGAUAAACACAGGAAUGCAAAUUGUGCAUGCGUAGUGAAUUGUAUAUAUUUUAUAUAUAAAAUGAUCAGUCCCUUUAAUACUAUUCAGCCCGAAAAAUAAUUCAUUCUCAAAUCAAUGUUAACGAUUCUUUAACUGAAUCAAACGCGUUGUAACAAGCAUAACUACUUAGCAAACAUGUAAACGUAUGAAUACAAUGCAAAUGUACUUUUAGCAAAAGGUAUGAAAACAAAAUUUAAAAUAAAUUGUAUCUGUUUGUAUAAGUAUAUAUUUCUUAAGCUUUGAUAGAAAAUGACUGGGCAGUUUAAUGAUGAAUACAUGGAUCAGCUGGAGUCCUGGCUUGGUACGGGCCCCAAGAUCUUCACCCGCCUCUACCAAAUAACCAGGGACGGUUGUAACGCUAUAACAUUCCACCAGAAAUGUGAUAACCAGGGACCCACUGUGACAGUGCUGUACAACCAACAUGGAUCGGUGUAUGGGGGAUAUGGGAGUGCGAGCUGGAUCAGCAGCAGCGGCUCAUAUAUAAAAGAUUCAAACGCUUUCCUGUUUCAACUGAAAUAUUCAGGCACCGACCAAUGCAUAACGUUUCCAGUAACGAAGGCCGACUCUGCAAUGUAUGCACUAUCUUCAUACGGGCCUAUAUUCGGCGCUGGACACGAUCUUGUUACAUUCAAGGACACAGUGAACAGCUCUGGUGGAUAUUUCGCUUUAAACGGCUCUACGAACUUCGGAAUCAGCUUCAACACUCAAGGCCUCACUUUUGACAAAAUAAUAAAUAACAAUUUGAACGUCACCGAGUUAGAAGUUUACAGUAUUACAGAUGGGCAUCGGAAGAAUACUCCGACACAACUACCACAACCCUGGAGAACCAAUCCUGAAUGGAAUGAUGAGUAUCUGGAGAAGCUUACCGAGGACAUCGUAGCGUUCAAAACUUCCGGUAAGCUGGGACGGGCAAGUCGAGCUUCUCUAACACCAUCAACUCGGUGUUCAAGGGUCGUAUCUCUCAAAGAGAGACCAUGUGGGGUUGCUACCAAUGGCAUUACAAUUGCGGUAUGUCAGCAUUUUAAAAACAUUAGAAAGAAGUAUGAAACCAAUGUGACAGCGUUUAUCCCAUAUUCAAAUUGCAGUUAA